AUGUUACAACCCCGGAUAUCAGCGCGCAUGCAGCAUGCGAUUUUCAGCUCAUCGACUGUAUGCCUCCGGUGCGAGACUCGAUCUGCGUUCCGCCCAUUCGCACAGCGACUCUCUACUCGAACCCUCACCACCUCGCGCGCAUAUAAACAAUCGGUCACCGAGCCCGCAAAACAGCAGCCCCCACCGCCGCCCUCAAAAGACGACGAUGUCUUCGUUCCCAAACCCCUCGGGCGCCCAAUCGGCUUCCCGGACCCACCACAAGCAGGAGAAAACACUGGCAACAUCCGCGUGAAGAAAGACUACAGCGGCAUGACCAUGUCGCAGCGCAACCUCGCGAAGCGCGCCGACCUAGUCGAGAAGUGGGGAACCAACUACUUCCGCGACUUCAAAAACAUCCGCAAGUACCGGUCAGGCAAGACCUUCAUGGCGAACCCGCGCAUCUUCCGAAAAGAAGCAGCGCUGUAUUUUCCCAACUUCCACGGCGAGACGCUGAGUCAGGCUGAGGCAGACACGACGCAUGUCCUCCAGGGCAAGGUCAGCGUUGUUAGUGUGUAUAGCUCGCAGUGGGGCGAGACUCAGGCGCGCACGUUUACGGGCAAGACGGAGAAUCCAGAGCUGCAGGAGAUACUAAGGGAAAAUGCAGGUGUGGCGCAAAUGGUGGAUAUCAACAUUGAGGAGAACAGUCUGAAGGCGUGGAUCAUUGCGCUAUUCAAGUGGCAGUUGAAGGCGAAGAGGAGCCAGGAGGAGUGGGGAAGGUACUUUGUUGUGAGGAAGGGGGUCAGCGAGAAGAUCAGGGAGACGAUUGGGCUGCUGAACGGGAGAGUCGGGUAUGUAUACGUUGUGGAUGAGGAGUGUAGGAUAAGGUGGGCGGGGAGCGGCGAUGCGGAGGGGACCGAGAUGCAGGAUAUGAACAAGGGAUUCAGGAAACUGGUGGAGACAAGAAAGGCAUUUGCAUGA